AUGUUUUUGCUAACGUCGCGAUGGUUACAGAAGUCAAACUCUGCACACCAUGAGUUAAAACACGCGCUUUCUCUCCGGAUAGCGGUAGUUGGACAAUCACUGAUAGGGAUCACUCUCUGUCUCAAGAUUCUCAAGAUUCUCAAGAUUCUCAAGAUUCCCAGGAUUCUCAAGUUCUGCUCAGGCUUCACAGCUCAGCGACUGAUUGAUAGAUCUUCCAAUGGAGACGCAUUGCGGGAUCUCCCUCAAUGCAUAGUCUUUUUUGACAGAUUUUCUUUCCUCUUUUUUUUUUUAUGCAAAAAGAAAAAGAAUUGGAUUUACAUGGCACAUAUUAUGUGUCCCCAGUGGGCGCCCCCGAGAAAAAUAAAAAUAAAAAUAAAAAAUAAAAAAAAAAAAAAUGAAAAGUAUGGAUGCCCUUUCUCUCUUUGA